AUGUCCUCUGUGAAGUGCGCAAAGGUGGCGAAGAUCAUGGCACCGCUCUGCAAGGUGGCCGGAAAGAUUGAGCAGCGCUCGGUGAAAAAGCUCAGCGUGGUGGACGCCGGUGUCGCACAGGCGAUUGCGGAGCACAACGCGAACGGAACAGACGCUGCCGUCUGCAGCACGAAGCGGUACAUCUAUGAACAGAAGCAACUGAUCAACUACCGUGUUGUGCGGUUCUUCGAUGAGUGCCGCUACCUCGCCUCUGGUGAGUACUUCCGCACGUACACCGUUAAGAACUUAAUCUGGGACGUCCGCUUCUUCACGAAGGUGCUGCUGCUGUUCAUUCUCGGCGUGCUGUUCGGCCGGCAGAGCAUCUUCCCGCCUAUCGACCCCGAUUCACCGCUCGUCACAGCACUGGAAACCAAGGUGAACCCGAACUACUAG